CGGAAACAAUAUUCUGAAACGACCUCCCUUUGCGUACAUUGUGAUUUCAUGUUUUGUUAGCUUAUCUAGCUAGCAGAUGUCCACCGGUUUAACUUAUUUUCAGAUGAAUAUAUGUGCAUAAGACAGUUCAAACGCCACUCCUAGUAAGGGAGGAGGAUGGCACAACGAAUCCCACUUCAGCCGUCCCAGAGGACAGAAGACCUGGAUCAGGAUAAUGAUUCGGACAGGGACUCAGGUGUUGGAGACGAUGCAGGAGAGGAUGGUGACAGUUGCCAUGGAAGCCCAGUAGCAGAAGAUCAGAGAGUCAACGAGCAAGAUGGCAAAGUACAAGACUGUACAGCAGGAGAGGAUUUUACAGUUUUUGUUGCUUUUCAAGGAAAUAUGGAGGAUGAGGACUUCACAGAAAAACUCGAUAGUGUCCUCAGUGGAAUUCCUAACAUGCUUGAUAUGGGCACUGAGAGGCUGCGGCCACAACAUGUGGAGCCAUGGAAUAGCGUACGUGUUACCUUCAACAUUCCUCGGGAUGCUGCUGAGCGACUCAGACUGUUGGCCCAGAACAACCAGCAGCAGCUUAGAGACCUGGGGAUUCUCUCUGUGCAGAUAGAAGGGGAAGGGGCCAUCAAUGUAGCAGCAGGACCAAACAGAGGACAAGAAGUCAGAGUGAAUGGACCAAUUGGAGCACCUGGCCAGAUGAGGAUGGAUGUGGGCUUUCCAGGUCAGCCUGGCCCAGGUGGGGUGAGGAUGGGUAAUCCAGCGAUGGUUCCUCCUGGUCCUGUUAUGGCCGGCCAGGCUAUGGUCCCAGGUGGCAGUGGACAGAUGCACCCUCGAGUUCCAAGACCAUCUUCACAGACAGAUGUAAUGGAUCCAAUGAUGCCUGGUAUGUCGGUUCAGCAACAACAGCAGCUUCAACACCAGCAGCCCGGCCCACAUGCUUCAGGCCCCAUGCCUUCACAGGCUGCACAUCACAUGCAGGCACUGCAGGCUGGACGACCACUCAAUCCUGCAGCACUGCAGCAGCUCCAACAACAGCAUCACCAACAGCAGCAAGCCCAGCAACAAGCUCAACUCUCUCAGCUGGGACCGCGACCACCCUUCAAUCCAUCAGGCCAGAUGGCAGUGCCUCCUGGCUGGAACCAGAUGCCCACUGGGGUCCUCCAGCCUCCAGCUGCCCAAGGAGGCCCUGCCUGGAGGAAGCCCCCACCCCAAGGCCAAAUAGUUCAACGGCCACCGUCGCUUGCUACAGUUCAGACUCCUAGUCACCCUCCACCUCCGUAUCCAUUUGGCAGCCAACAGGCUGGACAAGUAUUCAACACUAUGGGGCAGCCACAGAUACAGCAGCAACAGCAGGCAGGAAUGGGUCAGUUUGCAGCUCCCCAGCCUAAAGGCCCACAGGCUGGACCUGGUGGCGUUGUAGGACCACCAAGACCGCCUCCACCCCUACCACCAACUUCUGGACCACAGGGUAACCUUACUGCCAAGUCCCCUGGCUCCUCGUCUUCUCCCUUUCAGCAGGGUUCACCCGGGACUCCUCCCAUGAUGGCUCAGAGACCUACAACUCCACAGGGUUUUCCACAGGGUGUUGGUUCACCAGGAAGAGCAGCUCUUGGCCAACAGGGUAACAUGCAACAAGGAUUCAUGGGAAUACCCCAGCAUGGACAGCCUGGUGCCCAAGUUCAUCCAGGAAUGGCCAAGCGUCCCAUGGGUUUUCCCAACCCAAAUUUUGUCCAAGGUCAGGUGAGUGCUAGCACUCCAGGAACCCCAGGUGGAGGACCCAAUCAGCAGCUACAGAGCAGUCAGGCAAUGGCUCACUCAGGAGCUCAGCCGUCAGCUUCCACACCAAACUCAAUGCAGGGCCCACCACAUGCUCAAUCCAAUGUUAUGGGUGUCCAGAGUAGUAUGGCAGGUCCGCCCCCAGGUACCACUGCUGGUCCUAGCAUGGGCCAGCAACAACCUGGUCUGCAGACACAGAUGAUGGGCCUCCAGCAUCAGGCCCAGCCCGUGUCUUCCUCCCCCAGCCAGAUGGUUCAAGCCCAGGGUGGAGGUCAGACUGUCCUCUCAAGGCCCCUCAGUCAAGGGCAGAGAGGAGGGAUGACCCCACCCAAGCAAAUGAUGCCUCAGCAAGGCCAGGGGGUGAUGCAUGGGCAGGGUCAGAUGGUUGGAGGCCAAGGGCACCAGGCCAUGCUUCUGCAACAGCAGCAACAACAGCAACAAAACUCUAUGAUGGAACAGAUGGUUGCCAACCAGAUGCAGGGCAAUAAACAGGCUUUUGGAGGCAAGAUUCCAGCUGGGGUCAUGCCUGGCCAGAUGAUGCGUGGCCCCUCUCCAAAUGUUCCAGGUAACAUGGCUCAGUUCCAAGGCCAAGUUGGCCCACAGCAGAUGACUCCACAGCAACAACAGCAAAUGGCUCAACUACAACAACAACAGCUACAGCAGCAGCAACAGCAUCAGUUACAACAGCAACAGCUACAGCAGCAGCAGCAGCAACAACAACAACAACACCCGCAGAUGAACCAGCAACAGCCCCAACAGGUUCCUAUCACUGGCAAUCCUAAUCAAGCCAUGGGCAUGCAUGGACAACAGAUGAGGCUCCCUGCUGGUCAUCCACUUAUCCAACAACAGUUGCAACAGCAGCAGCUACAGCAGCAGAAACAACAGCAACAGGCCAUGUUACAGCAGCAGCAGCAACAGCAGGCAGCUCAGCAACAUGGUCAUCCCCUAGGAGAUCCCAGUGUUGCAGCAGGGGACAUGGGGGUCCAACAGAUGGUCCCAGAUAUGCAGGCACAGCAACAACAAGGCAUGAUGGGGGGCCCUCAGCAUAUGCAGAUGGGAAAUGGCCAUUUUGCGGGUCAUGGCAUGAACUUUAAUCCUCAAUUCCCUGGUCAGAUGCCAAUGGGGGGACCCUGUGGACAACAGAGUGGCUUUCCAGUAAGUAAGGAUGUAACACUGACUAGCCCACUUCUGGUCAACCUGCUGCAAAGCGAUAUCUCAGCCAGUCAGUUUGGGCCUGGAGGAAAACAGGGAGCAGGGGGAGCCAAUCAGGUUAAACCCAAAAAGAAGAAACCUGCACGAAAGAAGAAGCCCAAAGAAGGAGAGGGACAACAGCAAGGAGAGGGACUUGGUGGUCUUGAUGCCACUGGCAUGGAGGACUCUGAUCUGCCAAAUCUAGGUGGUGAACAGAGUUUAGGCUUGGACAACACAGGCCCCAAAAUCCCAGAUUUUGCCAAUAGGCCUGCAGGUUUUCCUGGACAAUCUGCUGAUCAGAGAGUGUUGCAACAAGUACCCAUGCAGUUCAUGCAACAACAACAGCAGCAGCAGCAGCAGCAACAACAGCAUCAACAACAGCAGCAGCAGCAGCAGCAACAGCAACAACAGUUACAGCACAUGCAACAGCAACAGUUACAGCAACAGCAAAUGCAGCAGCAGCAGCAACAACAACAACAAUUACAACAAAUGCAACAGCAGCAAAUACAACAGCAGCAACAGCAAUUACAACAGCAACAGCAGAUGCAGCAGCAGCAGCAACAGCAGCAGCAGCAGCAGCAGCAGAUGCAACAGUUGCAGAUCCAAGGACAACCACAGAUGCACCCUCAUCAGCUUCAGCAACAACCACAGCAACAAGCUCAACAGCCACACCUGCAACAGCAGCAGCAGAUGAUGAUGAUGCUGAAGAUGCAGCAGGAGCAGGCAAAGAAUCGUAUGUCCAUCCCUCCAGGAGGGCAGCUCCCUCCUCGGGGCAUGGCCAAUUCACCUGAGGUGCAGAGGCUGCCUGUCUCACAGCAAGGUAACAUGCCUGUGAUGAUCAGCCUUCAAGGACAUGGAGGUGUGCCACCAUCACCGGACAAAGCUAGAGGGAUGCCACUGAUGGUUAACCCACAGCUUGCAGGUGUAGCCCGAAGAAUGUCCCAUCCUGAUGUUGUGCAGGGUCCCCAAGGUACAGGAUCUGAAGAGUCCACUGCAGGGCCCCACCCCAAGCAGGACAGACCAAGUGGCCCAGAAAUGGGGGUGCAGUCUGGAAAUGGGACACAACAAAUGAUGGCCAAUCAGGGAGCCAACACUCACAUGAUGAAACAAGGCCCUGGUCCAUCACCAAUACCGCAGCACACUGGGGCCAGUCCCCAGCAACAGCUACCUAAUCAGCCUCAACAGGGUGGUCCCUUGCCUAGCCUUCAUUUCCCCAAUGUCCCCACAACCUCACAGAGUUCAAGGCCCAAAACUCCCAACCGAGCCAGUCCUAGACCCUACCACCAUCCCCUCACCCCUACUAAUCGUCCACCAAGUACUGAACCCUCUGAAAUCAACCUUUCACCUGAGAGGUUAAAUGCUUCUAUUGCAGGCCUAUUUCCUCCCAAAAUCAACAUUCCUUUGCCUCCAAGGCAGCCUAACCUGAGCAGGGGAUUUGACCAACAGGGUCUUAACCCAACAACUCUUAAAGCCAUCGGGCAAGCCCCUCCUACUUUAACGCUACCAGGCAGCAACAACGGCAGUGUAGGUGGAAAUAACACUAACAACAAUCAGCAGCCUUUCUCAGGUAGUGGAGCAGGACCUGCAGGUGCUAAACAGGACAAACAGACUGGAGGGCAGGGGAAAAGAGCAAGUCCUAGUAAUAGUCGGAGGUCAAGUCCAGCUUCCAGCCGCAAGUCAGCAACCCCAAGUCCAGGACGGCAAAAGGGGGCAAAGAUGGCCAUCCCAUGCCCUCCCCACCCGCAGCAGUUAGUUAACCCACAGGGGCAAACUAUGAUGCUAAGCCCUACCUCAGUACCCCCAAGUCCAGUAUCUAUGCCUUCACAAGUAAGUGGGGCCACUGAGGCACAGCCGGGCCAGAGCUCCUUCCAUGGGAUGCAAGGCAACCCUGCCGAAGGAGUCAGAGACAGUCAGGUAGCACUGACAACGGAGCAACGGCCGAUGGUUCAGCCCCUGUCACAGCCCCCAUCACAGCCCCAGCCACAGCCUUUAAGGGAGUUAUCAGCCCCCAGAUUGGCCAGUCCUCGUGUUCCCACACCGCAGCAGCCAAAACCUGACACUGAACUGCAAGCGGGUACAGUCGACAGGCAGCCACCGCACGCAGUACACCCUCAAGAUUCUGAAGUCUCACCUGCUAUCAGAGAGCCUCCCACCUCUCUCAACCAGUUAUUGGACAACACAAGUUUGCCGAAUAUAGCUUUUCGGCCUGUACAGAACAAUGCUGUUAGGGAUGGUUUAGGAAAGGGCAGUCCAAAGCGUGCUUUGGAUUCAGAAAGACCCCUCCAUGUUAAUUCACAGAGCUCAGAACGGCCAGCCCCUGUUGCUACUGCUGCCACCAUAAACGAAUCAGAAGCUAAACCGAAACCUGGUGUCCCAGUUCCGUCAAGUAAUCCUAACGUGCAGCCUGCUGCAAUACCAAGCUCACAUCCUCUCACUAAUGUUAGCUCCAGUACCACUCCCAGUCCUAACCAAAACCCUAUGUCCACUCUUGCUGUCAAUCCCAGUGUGAAUGUAAACCCAACAUCUACCUUUUGUCCCAUCCUCAGUACUAACACUAAUACCACCCUGAGUGCAAACCCCAACCCAGUCACUUCCAGUCAGAGCAAUCUUUUUUCAACUGCGAGUGUGAAUUCAAACUCUGGCUCUGCUCAGAAUCAAGUUGGUUCUGCUUUAAAACCAAGCCCUAGUCCUAAACCUGUGACCAGUGUUCACUCAGUCAUUCAAAUCCCAGCCUCUUCUAGUACCAUUUCACCCAGUCAGAUUACUGUAUUUGUCACCUCUAACCCCAUUACCUCUGCCCCCACUCCCCAGGCACCCACAUCCAUGGUCUCCACCAUGGUGGCUGUACCCAACAAGAACAUUAGACCCCAGGAGGUCCGCCAGCAGGCUCCACCCCCACGGUCUCAGUUCAUCACAACUACCCCUGUAUUUAUUAACCCCAUCUUUCAAGUUCCUAAUGCAUCUGUGGCUUCUAAUACCACAGUGGUAUCACAGUCAGUCACCAUGGUGGGACCUAUUCAGGUUUCCACUACUAAUAUUCAACUCUCUCCUGCCCCAAGCUCCACCCAGCCUUCAGGGCCUAACAUGACCACCUCUCUGCCACUUGCCAGAACUGCUGUUGGACAAAUCCAGAUUGCUACUAGUGUACCAUCAUCAACCCCAGUUACUACUCUGCCAUCUCCUCAACAAAUGAAUCCAGGCACCCUUAAAGCAGAGAAUCCUGGUGAGACAGGGUCUGCUCAAAAGUCUAGUCCCCCUCUCCAGCAACCGUCUCGCCAUCCAAGCCCCUCAGCCUCAUCUCCAUUUCAGCCACCCCUGGCUUCCCCCCCUCCCUGCUCUAGUCCUGGGACUGUUAACACCAUCCGAAAGAGCCCCAUGUCUCCAUCCUCUGCUGGCCAGGUGAAAAAUAAACCUGUCAUAGCUGCUGACCCCCAGCAGAGUCCUGCAGAGAGGCCUGCACUUGGACCUACUGUAACUACACAGGCCUUUCAUCCCUCUGCCAGUCCUGCCAUUCAAAUGGAAGCUGCCUCACAUAAUGUCAUUUCACCUGCAGUCUCUUCUUCAGCUCCUGCACAAAUCACAGUUCCUCCUCAGAUUGUUACCCAGGCUCCUGUGCCAGCACCGGUUUCAGUCUCUCGCCCCGCCCAGAUUGUAACCUCUCCAGCUCCUGUUGCCACUGUUGGUGGCACGACUAACAUCACAUCGUCUGCUCCAGUGCUCUCUACUGUCACUCCUGUGCAGAGUCCUUUACCAUCUAUUGUUCCUAUUGUUGCCAUACCUGUACCUGUUCAGGAGGUUCCCCCAACUGCCUCCUCUCCAGCUUCUAACCCUAGUGGAGCUCCACCUACCCAGUCUAACCCCUUAACAGCAGAGUCUCCCGUGGCUCCAGCUCCAGCAGCUGUUGAAGUCACUCAGACCACCACAGCGCCCAUUCAACAGGAAGUUGCGCAGACGGAGGAACCUGCUGCCGUUGAGAAGACUGGUGCAGGUGAAGAGGUCGCAGCAGGUCCUGAGCAGGGAUGGGCAAAGAAAAGAAAGACGCCCAUCAACUUAGUCUCAAGAGUUGCUGUGGAGAAGCCUAAGGGACCGAGCAGACGGAGCUCCCGAGCAGAGAAGGAGGUGGAGGAGGAGCCAGUGGCGGACAGCAGCAGCAGGAAGAGAUCAGCACGGCCUGGAACCAGCGCUGCUGUAAAAGAAACCGGAGCAAGUCCCACCCAGGCCAAAAGAAGGAAGUCUAAAUAGGCACGGCUGAAGUUGUGACAACCUGUGAAUUGUACUGUAAAUGUUUGUGUUUUCGCUGUGAAUCAGUUGAUAUCAUUUUCUUUGUCGCAGAUCAUGAAUUUUUAAUCUGCAGAAGAAAGCAUGUACAGAUUGUUUUAAAAAGAAUUAUCCUAUUGUUUUGUCCCUUCUACUAUGUCCGAUUGUAGUUAGAAUGUGUGCAUAUAGUAUGUGUUUGUGUGAGUGUGCUUUUUAUAUUAAAUGCUGGAUCAAUCAUGUUGAAGAUUGAAAAUGGAGCUUGUCAUGAUGAUUGUAUAAUUAUGUUGUAAAACUGAAUUAAAUUUUCUACUGCUUCGUUUUGUG